AUGUUGUAUGUGCUGUUGUGUGUGAUGUUGUGUGUUCUGUUGUAUGUGAUGUUGUGUGUGCUGUUGUAUGUGAUGUUGUAUGUGCUGUUGUAUGUGAUGUUGUGUGUGCUGUUGUGUGUGCUGUUGUAUGUGCUGUUGUAUGUGAUGUUGUAUGUGCUGUUGUAUGUGCUGUUGUAUGUGCUGUUGUAUGUGCUGUUGUAUGUGAUGUUGUAUGUGAUGUUGUAUGUUCUGUUGUAUGUGAUGUUGUGUGUGCUGUUGUAUGUGCUGUUGUAUGUGAUGUUGUAUGUGAUGUUGUGUGUGAUGUUGUAUGUGAUGUUGUGUGUGCUGUUGUAUGUGCUGUUGUAUGUGAUGUUGUAUGUGCUGUUGUAUGUGCUGUUGUAUGUACUGUUGUAUGUGCUGUUGUGA